UUCGAUAUCUCUUGUAAGUUUGUUAUUAAUUGCCAGGUAAAUCUACAACUCUUCAGGUGCACGGAGCGCUGGAGACUGCAGAGAUGUGGGUUUCCUUUCUGGGACGGGCUCCCUCGCAGAGACCACCUAAAAAGCUGCUUCUGCAGCGUUCGGCGCUUUUCCGUGGACCUGACAAAAGCAGAUUUUAGCCACCAUCUAAGCCAUUCGGACACCCGAGGAGAUGGCUCUCAGACUGAUCCCCAGCAGAGCGACGGAGAGCCCUGCGCUGCGGGGGGCUCAGAGCCUUUGAAAGACACACAGCCCCCCUUUUCCAAGCACCCAACGCUGCUUCCCCCCACUAACUGCUGUAUGAGUGGCUGCCACAACUGCGUUUGGAUUGCAUAUGUACAGGAGCUGCAGAAACACUACCAGGAUGGGGGAGAACAGGCCUUAGCAGCUGUGGAAAAGCACAUAGAAGAUGAGAACAUUAAAAUGAUUUUAAAGAUGGAAAUCAGAUUCCGCAUGAAGAAAGACUGAUGCUCACAGCCUACACUACAUGGCUCCUCUUCUCCCAUGGCACUACAAACUCCAGAGAGCGAGCGAGCCCAGAUUUAUUUAUUGUCCCUUUUCCAAAAAGGCUCCUCAUUUAACAGAGUUUGUCCAUCUCCUUUUAAGCUUGGUUCUUGGGCUCGAGAACCCAGUUUGACUACCAGUUGGUAAAGGAUUGCCAUUAUUUAUUGGUAUGAGUUACAGUACUUGGCGGAAAUUCGGUGAGAAUAAAUUCAUACCUGUGUGCUUGAAAAUGUGAA